CAUUGUAUUUGGAUUUUCCUAUACUCCGUACGUUUUGCGAUGGCGUUAGUUUCUCACAGGUCGAAAUGGAAUAUUGUUUUCCUGCUGAUUUUCGCAUUACUCGCAAUAGCAACCAAUAACGCUCAGGGUCAGAGCUGCCCGAUGCCAUCAAACCUUGACGCAUCCGAUGUGGCGUACAACACCAUCACAUUUCGCUGGGAUGUCACCAAGUACAUACCAAGCCCUGUGCAUUGCACAUGCAUGUCGCCGGGAAACUACGGCGAAUCAUGUUCAGCGAGCAACACUCCAAAAGUCUGCACGACGGGAGUCACCGGUUACACCCGAACACAGUCAAGCCUGGGCGUGUACACCAACUACACCAUGUGCGUGCAAACGCAGUGUUCUGCCAGCAACUUCUCCACUGCUGUCUGCAGGAACUUCAGGACGUCACCGUUGGCCCCAAGCCAGCCGUACCAAAUUUUCGCAACGAAGCACAGCCCCUCAUCCCUGGACGUGAGCUGGCGAUUCCCGACAGCCUUAAACGGUCCACUGGACGGCUACCGCAUACGUUGGUGCCAGGCGAGCAACUGCGUGCCCAGCCAGGAGAUACUACCCGAUCGCCGAACGCGCGAUUUCCGAGUGACAGGACUGCAGCCGUACCGCCAGUACCACGUCUACGUCUCCGGAUUCAACGUGGAUUCCCACAGCGGACAGACCCUCUACGGAGCUGAAGCGUCGCUCAGCGAGUACACCCUGCCAACUUACCCCUCCGAGCCAUCGCUGUCCUUCACAAAGGUGUCCACUUCGCAAGUGAACGUGGUCGUGGGCGUACCCAAGUACACCAACGGGCCCAUUAACGGAUACGUGCUGACGUGGUGUCCCAAGCUGCGCUGCUACGGCGAUUACGUGAACACGCGUGAAAUCGCGCAGUCCAACGCGGGAACGCAGUCUGUCACGGGACUGCAGCCGUGGACGGAGUACGAGUUCACGGUGAGGGCGUUCAACACCAUCCCUACGGACAGUCGGCGGGCAUACAGCGAAGAAGUGAAGGGGACCGUCGUGCCCAUGCCAUUCUCUCCGAGUGGUCCACAGAGCUUCAAGGCGACAGCGCUGAGCGCCACUGCAGUGAAGCUGACAUGGGACCUGCCACCGCGAUAUGAUCUGACACCAACUCAUUUCCGACUGUUCUGGUGCACCGGAGGAGACAAGACUUGCUUCAACGUGGACGUUGGGAACGUCAGAGAAGGCAUCAUCUCUCCGCUGGCACCAUACACAGAGUACCGCUUUAUGAUCAAGGCUCUGGUGCAGUUCACUUCACCUUGGCUAAACAGCGCCGUCUCAGGUGCCAGUGUGAGGACAUGGCCAGGUGAUCCCAGUAGACCCAUCGACCUGCAGGUAGUGCGAACGAGGGCAACCGCAGUGGACGUCUCCUGGAAAGCACCGGCGGACCCUGCUGGCCCCAUGGCCGGGUAUCGCGUGCGCAUUUGUCCCGAGCUCGGAACCUGCCCCGCGAUCGGACUCGUCAGCCGCCACAAAACGCUUAGCAAGAAUGUACACAACCAUUCGUUCUACGGGCUGGAGCCGUAUGCCAAAUACCAGGUUCAAGUCAGUGCAUUCAACAGUCUCCCGGACGAAAAAACGGCCGAAGGGGACGUCGCAGUCGUUUCGGUGUCCACAACCCCGAGCGAGCCAAGCGAACCGACAAACUUGACUGUAGAGACACUCAGCAGCUCUGUUCUCCUGGUUACUUGGCAACCUCCGAGUCACAAGAAUGGACCAGUGAAGGGCUACAACGUGAGCUGGUGGAGGACGGAUACAACUGCUACGCACGGCCUAGACGACGACACCGCUGUCUCGAGCGUCUUCCUCGAAGGCGAUGCGACUUCCGCACAAAUAUCAGACCUCCUUCCUUACACCUCCUACGCCAUUAGAGUGGCGAGGGUGAACGUCGACGGCAACACGACAUUAGAAGGCGCCGCGGCCCACGGGGAAGGCAUUACAGAUCCCGAGCCAAGCCCGCCACCACUUGACCUGACAGUGGUGGCAGUGAAAAUCAACGACACGGUUUCCAGUCUUACCUGCAGCUGGUCUACCCCGAACGCCACCGUGAACCCACCCGUUGAAGGUUAUCAUCUUAGAGUGUGCGUCGCGCAGAACGCGACAGACUGCUGGGACGGCCACACUACAGCGGAGCAGCUGUCGUACGUAGUCGAAGCCGUUCCGAACUUCGAGGACUACGUCGUCACCGUGAACGCUUACGUGCUGAACCAUGGUCGCAUAGUUGUGGGUGAACUUGCCACCGCUACUGCGAGCACGGCAGCGCCGGAGGUACCUGAGAUCGCGAGCGUUAACGCAACGGCAGUCAACGCAACGACCAUCUACGUUGAGUGGAAACCUGUGGACUCGGUUAAUGAGCUCGAAAUUGUGUACAAUGCUACCGCCUUGAGUGAGUAUGGUGCGAAAGUUAGCCAAGUGUUCGUUAGGGAAUCGAGUGCGGCGUUCACAGAGCUUCAAGCGUGGACGAGCUAUACUAUUCAGGUCUCCGCGUGCGUCAAGCGAGGAUCCAAACAACACUGCGGAACUGCUACUUCUGUGGUCGUUCGGACGUCGCCGACAGAAUCGAGCAUGCCCACCAGCAUUCGCACAAGCACGAAUGGUACUGCCAUACAGAUAACGUGGGAAGAGCCGUUGCACCCCAACGGACCACUAAUGGGGUACAGGCUUACAUGGUGGUUAAACAACGCCACCGUUAACGACAGCAAUGGUUCAGCAGACUUGCCUAAAAAGACCAUCCUUCUAAAAGGCCCCGUUACUUCGCACGUCAUCGACGAGUUGCAGUCGGCAGCCACUUAUGUCAUCGAGAUACGCCGAGUAAACAGGGACAACUCCACUCUUCUGGAAGGUGCUUCCGCCCGUGUAGAAGCCUCAACCACCCCAAACACGUAUCCACCACCCCAAGAUGCCAAGUUCACUAUUCGUAGAUUAAACACUUCUCAUUUCGCAAUUAAUCUAACGUGGCAACCACCCCAUGCAUUGCUAAAAGCUGAUAUUGAGCGAUAUGAAGUGUUCAUUCAACGCAUUGAAGAGGGCAAGUCUUCGGUUGUCUUCACAGCGAAUGCGGUCACACCAGACUAUACCAUGAUAGUUACCAAUAUGAACCCAUUCGUGGAGUACAUUGUACAGAUAAGAGCAUAUGCGAGGUUUGGAAACACCGUAGUAAAGGGAGAAUCUGCUGAAGUGCGCGUCAACGUUAAUGCCAACUAUCUUCUUGUCGUGUCCGACGUGGAAGUGUACACUUCGAGUGAUGCUGUCGCAACACAUACGAAUGUUCAGCUAAUAUCGACGGAAACUGGACAGCAAAUAGAAGGCAUCGUCGUCAGUUCACUUGAAGCAACGUUCACGGGCCUGAAGCUGCACACGAACUAUACAGCAUGGGUGAAGGCAUGUGACGUCAGAGGUCACGUUCGAAAAUGUGGUGACUUGGUCGAGGCGAGGUUCGAGACUCCGAAACAAGACGUCACGCCUCGUCCAACAGACUUCAGUGUCGUUGCUGUGAAUUCUACCACUCUGAAGGUGACAUGGGAGCUGCCAAAGCUUUCGCCAGAGGUGGACGUUACCGAAUACCGCAUCCUAUGGUGGCCUUCCGCAACAAAUGAAACACCCGAGUCCACUGUGGAUGGACACACUGGAAUUCACUUAGCAAGCGCCAACGAAAGCAAAUUCGUCAUCACCGGACUCGAAGCCUACAAGAGCUACGACGUCGAAAUAUACAUUUUCUACUUGGAAAAUUCUGUGGUGAAAAACGUAUCUGUAAUUUCUAGAAGUAAGACCGCUCCACAGCCUUUCGCACCACCUGUCAAAGUAACCUUCUCUAUUUCCGGGGAUGUUGACGAAUUGACACAUGUCAGUAUCUCUUGGCAACCACCGUUCACCCAUCGAAACCUAAUCCGAACGACACGUCACCUGGAAAAAAGCGGGGUGGUCUUUUUGCCGCGUAAUGCAACCAGCUUCAUCAUCGCCAAUCUACAAUCGUUCGAGGGUUACAAUGUCGAAGUUGCAAAAGUCUUCACCGACGGAAGCUCGCAGUGGGAAGCAGUCACCGCUAGAAGCGAGACUGUCACCGACCCAAAGCCUUUCGCAAAGCCUACAGGAGUGGUCCUUGACUCAAGCUCCUCUGGCGCCACGUCCUCACUGGUGAUCAAGUGGAACGCACCCACCACGCCUUCUGACACCCCCGUUGAGGGGUACAUUGUGUCUAUUUGUCCUCGUUACGAGACUCCGAAAAGAACAGCCGCCUGCCACACGUACAAUACGUCUUCGUCUUCAAUGCUCGUUGAAGCAUCAGGGCUAAGAAGCUUCACUGAAUAUGCAGUCGAGAUAACUGCUUACGUGACCAUCAACGGGAGAGUGAUCAAAGGAGACAACUACGUGACGGUCGCUAUGACCUCUCCUCCACCGAUACCGGCUAUUGAGAAUCCAGUAGUGUUGAAUACGGUCGAAGGAACUUCGGUGAAGGUAUCUUGGAUACGCCCUGAGGCACUUAGAGAGUAUGACGUGGUUUACGAAGUUGUGCUGACUGAAGACGCUUCAGGACGCGUCCUGUAUAAAACGGAAACGAAUGCUACAGAAACGACACUAGAGAGCCUUGAUGUUUCUACGGAAUACACUGUGACAAUCAUCGCAUGCCUCGUGAGUGGGAUUCAAAGAAAGUGUGGCAAUUCCAGUACCACCUUAUUCAAGACAGCUUCGAAAGAUGUCUCCAAAGAACCUAUUCACCUGCACAUCAAAGCCGUCAACAGCUCUGCUCUUCUCGUCACCUGGCCCACGCCAUUGACAAACGCCACGACAAUCGAGGGAUACGUAGUUACAUGGUGGAAAGAGAACGAAACAUUGCCGGACGGGGUUACCUAUAGCAAGGAUGUGCCGUCAGAUAGAACAAGCUUCAUCAUUAACUGACUGACGCCAACACCUACUUACCACGUAAACGUCUCCAGAGUCUACAAGGAGAGCGGCAUGGACAGAACGGACUCGGAAGAGAUGCUCGCAAGCACGCAGCCGGACCCUUAUUUGAAGCCUACCGGUUUACGCACGGAGUAUAAGGCAAACAGCUCACAAGUGAUCGUCACAUGGGACGCAUACGCAGUGCGUAUUGAAGACUCGCCCUUGAGUGGAUAUAUAGUUGACAUGUGCGCUGUCGCAGGAAAUAGCACAGAUGUUGAAUUUGAGUACUGCGAUCAACGAAAUGUGUCUGCUGGUUUCGCGGAAGCUGUCUUCACAGAAGUGGAAGGACUGACUGACUUCCGCAUCGUUGUGCGAGCGGUGGUGAACAGAAGCGACAACAGCGCUGACCAAGGAGAGCCAGCGGUCAUCUACAUCCGUACUCCAGCCCCGCCUCUGCCUGAUCUAAGACACACGCUUCGCGCUGACGUCACCGCUACCAGUGUGACAGUGUUUUGGCGUAGACCAGUGGGAUUUGACGACUACGAUGUUUUUUACCACGUUAGUGUGCAGAGUGCGCCAUCGAAGCUUAAGACGGACAAGACGAGUAACCUGACAGAGCUGACGUUCGAAGGCUUGGAACCGGGUACAAACUAUUCUGUGGAUGUUGCUACGUGUCUCGUCAGGAGGCAGCGGCGACACUGUGGUGGCAAUACCACUAUGGAGUUCAAGACGCUCCCAAUAGUUACAACAGACAGCACUGACUCAUCACCUGAAGUCACCGUGAAAGCCCUUAAUGACAGUGCCCUUGAGGCUACGUGGCCACGACAUCGCUCCGAUUCGAAGAAUCCGGAAGAAUACAGCAUCUCUUGGAGACCAAAGCGCAGCAACCUUCCCAGUGAAGUCGCAACAAGGACCAUCUCAUUCUCACCAGGUUACCACAAACAUGAAUUUGUGAUCACAGAUCUUGAGCCCUACACUGCAUACAUCGUUUCUGUGACUUCCUGGAGGGAAGAAUACAAGGACCGCUUCGUACUCGCACUUACCACUGGUCAGGGGACCACAAGCCCACUGCCCAGUGACCCGCCUGAAAACCUGACACUCGACGUUCUCACGGAAGGCAGUUCUGUGAAGAGCUUGGUGACGUGGAAUCCCCCAAGAAACACCGGUGGUGCACCAGUGUCAGGAUAUUUAGUUGAUCUGUGCCCCUUGAGAGACGCUGCCACCAUCGCAGCGUUUGGUGGGAAGCCUGAUUGCCAAAGCCGGAAAACGACACCGGACAUUGUAAAGGCUAUCUUCUCACAGUCUGCGUCAACAGGAAGAGACUACGUGGUGGAAGUGAGAGCAUUUGUUGAGCACGAUUGCCACACAAUCGAAGGACAGGUCGCAAUAGCAAUGUCGCGAGUGAAGUGAAGUGUUUUGUUUUUAUUGCAUGUUAGCCACACAACACAAAUAUAGAAGACUGUCAGGGUGUCACAUUAGACGAAAUAUUGUUUCAAGGUAUGUCAGCACACCUUGUUAACGCAAUAGAACAAAGAAUUUGUAAUAAAAUCGUACACGACACUAUUUACCGUCGAGCGUA